CCUUGUUGACCGUUGUUGCCCUCUGGGUUUUGGUGGCUGCCUCUCGCACUAGGAAAAGAACACCAUCCCAGUCUCCUCGCUUGUCCUGUCUGGACUGAGAUUCUAGUUAGGAUCGUUCAAAGGGGGGACAUCUCUCGAGAACAACACAAUCUCUCUCUCGCGGCUGCCUGCUUCACCGUGCCCGGAAGGGAAGGAAACGAUGGACACCGACGCCGACAUGAUCCCCUCCUCGUCCUCCGCGGAGACAUCGCCCUCCUCGUCCGAUAUCGCCACCGAGUCCACGGGGUCUUUCUUUCGGGACCGGAGCACGACGCUGGGGACGCUGAUGGGCGUGUCCCUCGCCGACGAGGAGCAGGGGCAGGGGCGGGACCAGCCAGGGCGGGAUGCAGGGGAGGGGACGGAGACGCCGCGCGCUCCGGCCCAUGAGGGUUGGGGGUGGAGGUGGCGCCGGAGGUGGAGGGGGCGGCGCGCCGGCGGCAGCUGGUGGAGGCUGUGCAGGGAUGACAUCCGCGUGACGAAGUCGCUGGGUCACUUCCUGGACAUGGAGAGGCAGCUCUCCGGCGCCGGGCUGCUGUGCGGCGACGGCGGCGGAGACAGGGACGAGUCCGCGGCUCCGACGCUGUUCGAGAGCGGGAGAGUGCGGCCGUCGGCGGCUGCCGCGGAGGCUGUGGGCGUGCCGGGGGAGGAAAGGGGCAAGUGGAAGUUGCGGGGACCGGCGCAGGGGUCCUCGUCGUCCCUGGCGAGGGUGCCGGUGUUGCUCACUGCCAUCUGCAGCGGCGGAGCGGGAUGAUUUGCGCGGCUGAGUGGAGUGGUUUCCGCCCGUGGUGCUUCAUUCUGUCAUUUAAUUUGUCAUGUCUUGUGUUCUUCCUUUCUGUUAUCCAAGUCAUGUUGAUGAGCAAUGAAGCUUCGUCACUGCGAAUGUAGUCACUGCGAUGAGCGAUGAAGCUUACACGAUGCAAAUUUGGAAGCCGCGCGAAGGAGUGGGUGCAAUGACGCGAUUGCUUCUGUGUUCUUCCUUUCUGUUAUCCAAGUCAUGUUGAUGAGCAAUGAAGCUUCGUCACUGCGAAUGUAGUCACUGCGAUGAGCGAUGAAGCUUACACGAUGCAAAUUUGGAAGCCGCGCGAAGGAGUGGGUGCAAUGACGCGAUUGCUUCUGUGUUCUUCCUUUCUGUUAUCCAAGUCAUGUUGAUGAGCAAUGAAGCUUCGUCACUGCGAAUGUAGUCACUGCGAUGAGCGAUGAAGCUUACACGAUGCAAAUUUGGAAGCCGCGCGAAGGAGUGGGUGCAAUGACGCGAUUGCUUCUGUCUUCUGCACUUGGACGAUCGCAACAAGUUCUUUCUUUUACAGUAGCCAAUGUAACAUUUCAAUGUAGUUGUCAAAGUGAGAGGAAAAGGGAGUAGAGGUGCUGGUGCUUGUUCCUGCCGCGACAGAUAGAAGUGAGCCUAGCUCACGCGAUUCCAUUCGAGCGUGCGGCCGUGCGCCGCAGGAAAGAUUCGCAAGUGAAACGGCGAUAGCCACCCGUGAACAGAAAGCUUGCAUGUGGUCUACGGCUACCGAGC